AUGUUCCAGAACAUCUGCGCCAUCCCGCUUGACCACGACCUGUUCACGCAGGUGGUUCAUCCGGAGGAGCCAAUUGUGUCUGUUGGCCUUUCUUCGGGCCAUGUGCAGACAUAUCGCCUGCCCGCAGGCGCAAGCGAAGACGGCGACGAGACGCUUGCUUCAGAAAACGGCUUUGGGCACAUUGAAACAGCCUGGAAGACGCGGCGACACAAGGGAAGCUGUCGAGCGCUGGCGUUCGCUGUCGAUGGCUCGCAAUUGUACUCGGCUGGCACAGAUGGAAUCGUAAAGGCAGCAGAUGCGACAACGGGUAAGGUUGUCGCGAAGAUUGCUGUCCCGCUCGACCCUAGCUCAAAUGCGAUUGACGCGCCAUCGCUCGUCCACGCGCUCUCACCGCAGACCCUCCUACUCGGGACCGACUCCUCAGCGCUCCAUCUCUAUGACCUUCGCGCGCUCGGUCCGCAAGCCAACCCCAAGCCCGAACAGACACAUCAUCCACACGACGACUACAUCUCGUCUCUUACUCCGCUGCCACCGAGCGCCGCGAGCACCAGCGGCUUCAGCAAGCAAUGGGUCAGCACGGGAGGCACCACACUGGCCGUCACAGAUCUGCGGCGGGGAGUCAUGGUACGGAGCGAGGAUCAAGAAGAGGAGCUGCUGUGCUCGGUCAUGGUCACAGGCCUCUCCAAGAAGGGCUCAAGUGUCGGUGAGAAGGUUGUUGUCGGAGGCGGUAACGGCGUCCUGACUCUCUGGGAACGGGGAGUGUGGGACGAUCAGGACGAACGCAUCACCGUUGAUAGGUCCCCCGGCGGAGGGGAGAGCAUAGACUCUAUGGUCCUCCUACCCCAGGGCGUUGGGCCUAGCGGCAAAAUAGUAGCCACGGGCUUGGGCAACGGUGCCUUGCGCUUCGUCAAGAUCGGAUCGAACCAGGUCAUUGCCGAACUAUCGCAUGAUGAGCUGGAGAAGGAGGCUGUGGUCGGUCUUGGCUUCGAUUCUACGGGCAGGAUGUACAGUGGAGGCGGCAGAAUGGUCAAGGUAUGGGGCGAGGCAAGCGUGUAUGGGCAGGAGGAGGAAAGCGAGGAGGAAGAGGAGGAGGCCGGGAACGGUGUCGCGGGGGACAAGCACUCGCGUGCUAGCGACGAUGAGGACAGCGAUGAAGAGAUGGAAGACAGCAGCGAUGAUGAACGCCCUUCGCAAAAGCGCAAGAAGAGGAGGAAGGGCAAGGGCGGGAAACAACAGCAGACCCAUGGCAUCCUGGGCUUCUCUGGACUCGACUGA